AUGAAGGGGAUCUCUGUACCUCAGAAGAGGCUGCUGCGACAGUUGAAGACGCUCUCUAUCACUGCACUCUGCGAGAACGAUGAAAUCAUUCGAAGAGGCGAUGAAUUGGAGGACUUCUGGUAUCCUUCAUUGCCGGACCUAUUCCUAGCUCCGACACAGAAUAAUCUCCGGAAUCUGUCUCUCCGCAGCCCAGACCUCAGAGUGGGAUAUGGUAGGCCCCAGAUCGGCCUCGAGGACAUCGCAUUUCCUCACCUCACAAGCUUGGAGCUCGAGGGUUUAGCAUUUGGUGAUGAAACGCCGGUAGAGCCGUUCAUUCUUCGGCACGGAGCGACGCUGCGCCGUCUGACGAUCACGGAUUGCUUGUUAGCAUGCCCCGAAGAGCAGAUCGAAAAGCAGGAGGACGGUGAUGAAGAUGAAGCAGGCACGAAGACCGUCCAGAGAUGGGGACAUGUCUUUGACAGGUUCAGAAGAGAACUGGUUUGCCUGCAGGAGAUCGAUGUGACGGAGUUUGGCUACGGCGAGUUCCGCCUCGAUACAUGUUACCUUCGGGACCUCCUGAAGAUUGAUCGGGAGCAACAACGGGCGGAUACAACUGCUUUGGAGAAGUUGGAGUCUACUGUCCGUCAGCGACGUGACGUGGAAUCGAGUUGA